UCUGCGCGCAGCAGCGGCCGCCAUGGCUUUCCACGUGGAGGGGCUGGUCGCCAUCGUGGUGUUCUACCUGCUCAUCCUGCUGGUGGGCAUUUGGGCCGCCUGGAGAACCAAGAACAGCGGCAGCGCGGAGGAGCGCAGCGAGGCCAUCAUCGUGGGCGGCCGCGACAUCGGGCUGCUGGUGGGCGGCUUCACCAUGACAGCCACCUGGGUCGGAGGCGGGUACAUCAACGGGACCGCGGAGGCAGUUUACGUGCCGGACCAUGGCCUCGCGUGGGCCCAGGCGCCCAUAGGAUAUGCUCUUAGUCUGGUUGUAGGUGGUCUGUUCUUUGCCAAACCAAUGCGCUCCAAGGGCUACGUGACCAUGCUAGACCCAUUUCAGCAGACCUAUGGGAAGCGCAUGGGCGGCCUCCUCUUCAUCCCCGCACUCAUGGGAGAGAUGUUCUGGGCUGCAGCGAUUUUCUCCGCCUUAGGUGCCACCAUCAGUGUGAUCAUCGACGUGGACAUGCACGUGUCUGUCAUCGUGUCUGCUCUCAUCGCCACCCUGUACACACUGGUGGGUGGCCUCUACUCAGUGGCCUACACGGAUGUCGUCCAACUCUUCUGCAUUUUCCUAGGACUGUGGAUCAGCGUCCCCUUCGCCCUCUCUCACCCUGCGGUGACUGACAUCGGGUUCACAGCAGUGCAUGCCAAGUUCCAGGACCCCUGGCUGGGAACCAUUGAACCCUUCGAGGUCUACACCUGGCUGGACAACUUUCUGCUGCUGACGCUGGGCGGAAUCCCGUGGCAGGCCUACUUCCAGAGGGUGCUGUCCUCAUCCUCGGCCACCUACGCACAGGUGCUGUCCUUCCUGGCGGCCUUCGGGUGCCUGGUGAUGGCUCUCCCAGCCGUGCUCAUCGGGGCCAUUGGAGCCUCCACAAACUGGAACCAGACCUCGUUCGGGACAGUAAGCCCCAAGGACAGGGGUGAGGCAGACAUGAUCCUCCCGAUCGUGCUGCAGUACCUCUGUCCUGUGUACAUCUCCUUCUUUGGCCUGGGCGCGGUGUCCGCUGCCGUCAUGUCCUCGGCCGACUCGUCCAUCCUAUCGGCCAGUUCAAUGUUCGCACGGAACAUCUACCAGCUCUCCUUCAGACAAAACGCGUCAGACAAAGAAAUUGUCUGGGUCAUGCGAAUCACAGUAUUUGUGUUUGGAGCAUCUGCCACAGCCAUGGCGCUGCUGACCAAGACUGUGUACGGGCUCUGGUACCUCAGCUCCGACCUGGUCUACAUCAUCAUCUUCCCACAGCUCUUGUGUGUGCUCUUCAUCAAGGGGACCAACACAUAUGGGGCAGUGGCAGGAUAUGUGGUUGGGAUCUUCCUAAGAAUAACAGGUGGGGAGCCCUACCUGUACCUGCAACCUCUGAUCUUCUACCCUGGGUACUACAUGGACAAUGGUGUCUACAACCAGAGGUUCCCAUUCAAGACCCUCGCCAUGGUGACCUCCUUCCUCGUCAACAUCUGUGUCUCCUAUCUGGCCAAAUACCUAUUUGAAAGUGGAACCAUGCCACCAAAACUGGAUGUGUUUGAUGCCGUUGUUGCAAGGCACAGUGAAGAAAACAUGGACAAGACAAUUCUGGUCAGAAAUGAAAAUAUUAAACUAGAUGAACUUGCACCUGUGAAACCUCGGCAGAGCCUAACUCUGAGCUCAACAUUCACCAAUAAAGAGGCACUCCUCAGUGUCGAUUCCAGCCCAGAAGGAUCAGGAACUGAGGACAACUUACAGUGAUCCCUUCUGCUACUGCUUUCCCAAACAGAGCACUGUGGGAAGGUAGUCCUGGGAAGACGGUUUGUGACAUAUAAAAUAUAUAUUAAAAUAUAAAGAGUUUAAGAGGACAAAAAUUCUGUCAAAAAAGUAAAAAAUAAGUCCUAAAGGAAGAGUUCAGGAAGAAUAGUGUUCAACCACACAGAUACAUGGCAAGCUAGGAGCAACAGCUGUGAAGCAACAACUUUAUUUCUCAUCUGUAGUAGCUUCAAUUUUGAUGCUUGAUAGUUUUGUUAGGUAUAAAAGUGAAUAAAUCUCCCAUCAAAAAGCAGAGGAUUCAUCUCUAUCCUGAGAAAAGGAAGUGCGUUAUGGAAGGAAGAGUGCACUAUGGAAAGAGCCUAUGAAAGAGGAAAUUGGCCAGGCUUUAUGCACACUGGUGGCUACAUCACUGGCAAGUCAGUUUGACUGCAUAUACAGAGGCCGAAUCACUCCAGUGAAUGAUGUAUAAAUGAGCCACUGAUUUUUCUUACUGUGAUGGUUGGCCCCUUCUUUCACAGUCUGAACUGUAACAUUAGUUUUG